CAGCUGGACAUGGAGGGCGCCCUGACUGCCAGGGACCGGGUUGGAAUCCAGGAUUUUGUCCUUCUGGAUGAAACCACAGAGGCGGCCUUCCUCAGCAACCUCAAAAAACGCUUCAGCAAAGAUCUCAUCUAUACCUACAUUGGCACAUUGCUUGUGUCUGUGAAUCCCUACAAAGACCUGGACAUGUACAAUAAGAAACAGAUGGAUCUCUACAUGGGUGUCAACUUUUUUGAGCUUCCACCGCACAUCUAUGCAUUGGCAGACAACGCCUACCACACCAUGCUGACGGAGUUUAACAAUCACUUCAUCCUCAUCUCUGGAGAGAGUGGAGCAGGGAAGACGGAGGCCUCCAAGAAGAUUCUGCAAUAUUACGCUGUCAGCUGUCCAAGCACCACUCUGCUGAACACCGUCAGGGACAAAAUGCUUAUGUCCAACCCUGUCCUGGAGGCUUUCGGCAAUGCCAAAACACUGAAAAAUGACAAUUCAAGUCGGUUUGGGAAGUAUAUGGAUAUUCAGUUUGAUAGCCAGGGGGAUGCUGUUGGAGGCCAUAUCCUGAACUACCUGCUGGAGAAGUCCAGAGUCGUGCAUCAGAAUCACGGGGAGAGAAACUUCCACAUCUUCUACCAGCUGGUGGAGGGAGGAGAGGACAAACUACUGCACCAGCUGGGCCUGGAGAGAGACUGCCAGCACUACAACUAUCUAACCCAAGGAGAGUGUGCCAUUGUAUCUUCCAUUAAUGACAGAAAUGACUGGAAAACGGUUAAAAAUGCACUACAAAUAAUCAACAUUGAUGAAAUCAACACAAAUCACUUGUUUGGGAUCGUCGCGAGCGUCCUCCACCUGGGAAAUAUUCAGUUUGACUCCGACAGUAAAGGCCAUGCCCUCCUGAACAACAACAAUGCAGAGCUGCACUGGGUCUCAAAUCUACUAGGAGUCGAUGCUCAUAGCCUCCAAGAGGGACUCCUAUUCAGGAAGAUUGAAGCCAGUAAAGAUCAGGUCCUCAGCCCAUUCACAGUCGAUCAUGCCAUCUAUGCCAGAGAUGCUCUGGCUAAAGCCAUCUAUGGACAGACGUUCACCUGGCUGGUCAACAGGAUCAAUGAGUCCAUGGAGAACAAGGACCCUUCAAGGAAGACUGUAAUAGGGCUUUUGGACAUAUAUGGAUUCGAGGUUUUCUAUGUAAACAGUUUUGAGCAGUUCUGUAUAAACUACUGCAAUGAGAAGCUGCAGCAGCUUUUUAUCCAACUGACACUCAAGGCUGAGCAGGAGGAAUAUGAAGCAGAGGAUAUUGAGUGGGAGCCAGUUCAGUUCUUCAACAACAAGAUCAUCUGUGACCUGGUGGAGGAGAGACACAGAGGGAUCAUAUCAAUACUGGAUGAGGAGUGUCUCAGGCCAGGAGAUGCCACAGAUCUCACCUUCCUGGAGAGACUGGAAGAAAAGAUGGGAAAUCACCCUCACUUUGUCACGCACAAACUGGCUGACAAAAUGACACGUAAGACUCUGGAGAGGGGAGAUUUCCGCCUCUUGCAUUAUGCCGGGGAGGUCACCUACUGUGUCGUGGGUUUCCUGGACAAAAACAAUGACCUACUAUAUAGAAACAUAAAAGAUCUGAUUUGUCAGUCUAAAAAUGCCAUUGUCAGAAAGUGCUUCUCCACAGUGGAUUCAGACAGCAGGCGAAGACCAGCAACAGUGGCGAAUCAGUUUAAGAGCAGCCUGCUGAAGCUGACAGAGAUCCUGAUGGCUAAAGAGGCCUGGUACAUACGCUGUCUCAAAUCCAAUGAGUCCAAGCAGCCAGGUCAGUUUGAUGAAGCGCUGAUCAGGCACCAGGUGAAGUACCUGGGCUUGAUGGAGCACCUCAGAGUCAGGCGAGCUGGUUUUGCGUACAGACGCAGAUAUGAGGUCUUCUUAAAGAGAUAUAAACCCCUAUGCCCGGCCACGUGGCCUCACUGGAGAGGAAUGCCUGCUGAUGGAGUGGAAGUGCUGGUUCAACAUCUGGGCUACUUGCCAGAUGAGUACAAAAUGGGACGUACCAAAAUAUUCAUCCGUCAUCCGAGGACACUUUAUGCCACAGAGGACGCUUAUGAGAAAUGUAAACAUGAACUGGCAACGAGGCUCCAGGCCAAAUACAAAGGAUACAGAGCAAAAGGAGAAUUCAAAAAACAGAAAGAAGCUGCCACAAAGAUUGAAACCUGCUGGAGAGGAGUGCAGGCCAGGAAGGAGAGAGAGAAGAGAGCCUGGGCUGUGAAAGUCAUCAAGAAAUUCAUCAAAGGUUACAUGACCAGAGGGCAAGCAAAAAGCACAGAUAACUCCGAGUAUCUGGCCUUUGUGAGACAGAAUUACUUGAACAGGCUCAAAGCCAACCUGCCAAAGACGGUUUUGGAUAAAACCACGUGGCAAACUCCACCAGCUGUGUUGACAGAGACAUCAGAGUUACUGCGUAAGCUUCACUAUCGUCUCAUGGUGCGAAAGUACGUGAGAGGAAUCACACCUCAGAAAAAAGCACAGCUUCAACUGAAGCUUCUCACCAGCUCCAUCUUCAAGGGCAAAAAGGACAGUUAUCCACAGAGUGUCGCUCAACCUUUUGUGGACACCAGAAUCAGUGAACAAGACAUAAACAUGAGGGUUCUCCAGAUGAUUCGCAAUGAGCACAUCAAGGUAACAAAAUCGUCCCCGGUGAUUAAAUAUGACAGAAAUGGUUUUAAACCAAGACCUCGUCAGCUCAUCCUCACACAGGCGGCUGCAUAUGUGAUAGAAGAAGCUAAGAUAAAACAAAGAGUGCUGUACACGUCUCUCAAAGGUAUUUCGGUCAGUAACUUGACUGAUAGCAUUGUUGUAUUCCACAUAACAUGUGAGGACCCUAAACAGAAGGGGGACCUUGUAAUGCAGUGCGACCACUUGUUUGAGUUUUUGACCAAACUCUGUUUCAUUACUAACAAACAGAACGCAAUCAAAGUGGUUCAGGGCAGCAUCAAGAUAGAAAUCCAGGCAGGUAAAGAGAGCGCGGUGGACUUCACCACCGGACAGGAGCCCGUGGUAUACAAGGCCAAGAAUGGACACCUCAUGGUGGUUGCCACUCGGGCUAGGACACGUUAA